AUGACAUCGGAAUCGGAAGCAGCAUUCGCAUAUCACGAACCAUCAACGGAAAUAGUCCUCAACUACACCGGAUUUCUUUUAUCUCUAAACAUAGUCAAUACAUUCCUGGACAAGCUCCUCUACUGUGGAUUAAUUGGCCAACUCUUCAUCGGUGUCCUGUGGGGUACGCCCGGGGCACAAUGGUUCGAUCAAGAGAUAGAAAGAGUGAUCCAGCAGAUUGGGUAUCUAGGCCUGAUACUCUUGAUUUAUGAAGGUGGUCUGUCAACCUCAAUCAAGUCCUUGAAGGCAAACAUCCUUCUAUCGACAGCCGUUGCCAUCACUGGAAUCUGUGUCCCAAUGGGCUUGUCAUUCAUUCUCAAGGAACUUGUGUCAGCAACAUUUCUUCAGUCCUUCGCUGCCGGUGCAGCGUUGAGCGCAACUAGUCUCGGCACUACCUUUACCAUCCUCUCAACCACGCAGCUAACAACUACAAGGCUCGGCACAGUCACCACUAGUGCUGCAAUGCUAGAUGAUGUCGUUGGACUGGUCAUGGUCCAAAUUAUCUCAAAUCUAGGCGGAAGUGCCGCCUCAUUCAGUACCGUGACUGUCAUUCGACCUGUUUUUGUUUCUAUCGGGUUCGCUGUUGGUCUUCUAUUGCUGUGUGCAUUCUGUUUACAGCCCGGAUUAAAAAAAUCGCUUGCUUGCAAAGCCAAGUUUCCAGCUUUUAUAGGAACCGCACAAUUUGCUUUUAUUGCGCAGACGUGUGUGUUAGUUGGAAUCGUGGCUGGUGCAACGUAUGCUGGAACUUCGAGUCUCUUUGCUGCCUACCUUGCUGGAGUAAUUGUCUCUUGGUUUGAUGGGCUGGUAGUUGAAGCGAAAGCACCAAUUCCUGCCUUUCAUGCUGAUGCAUCUCAUGUGCAAACUUCCAACCACCAAGGAAGCACACAGAAUAGCAAGAACCGGCGUACUGAAGAGACACCCUCUUCGCCUACGCAACAUCCCCGAGAGGCAGAAAUAACCGAUAACGAUACACCUACAGGUGAACUGAUCUACAGCAAAUAUUAUAAAGAGCCGGUCAACCGAAUCCUUCUCCCUCUUUUCUUCGCAUCGAUUGGAUUCGCAAUUCCCAUAACCAAGAUGUUCUCAGGUCAGGUUGUAUGGCGUGGGAUUAUCUACGCCAUGCUGAUGGCAAUUGGAAAAAUGAUCACAGGCCUAUGGCUCGUUCGAUUCUCUCCCCGCCCUGUGUCCGGUCUAAUCUCUAUCGUCAAGAAACCAUUUAUACAUGCCAGCUCGUACUGUGCGAGUCCUCGGAGCAUCAGCAGAAAGUUGAAUCAAAACAAGAAAGCCAAACAAUGGCCAGGCACUCAAGAUGGCAUUGCAAAUGUUUCAACUCCCGAUAAUGCCAAAAACGAGCCUCAAUCAACGAACAGAUCCCCUACAUCCACUUCCCGCCCCGGUUCUCGCAUCUCACUCCCCCCAAAACCAAAGUCCCUGUACCCGCCUUCUAUCCUGGGGUUGGCAAUGGUCGCCCGAGGCGAAGUGGGAUACCUCAUUGCUUCGAUUGCCGAAAGCCAAGGAAUAUUCUCCCGUGAAUAUUCAGAAGGACCAUCUGAGAUAUAUCUAGUGGUCAUCUGGGCAAUCUCGCUCUGCACAUUGAUCGGUCCGAUCUUGGUCGGGACUCUAGUUAGACGUGUAAAGAAGCUGCAACAGCUAAGGGGCGAUAUGGGGUCUGAUCCUUUGGGAGUUUGGGGCAUUUAA